GUAAGGAAUGGGGGACAAGAAGAAGAAGGCUCAAAUGUUUGUAAAACUAGUGUCUGCUGCUGGGACUGGAUUUUUCUAUGUGAAGAGGAAGCCAAGGCAGUUCACAGAGAAGCUCGAGUUUCGCAAGUAUGAUCCAAGGGUUAACCGCCAUGUUCUCUUUACUGAGGCUAAGAUGAAGUGAUACACCACCUUUCAGUUUCAUUUCGAUGAUCAUGGCUCCAUUCUUGUAGCUGGAACAAUUUAGUAGUGUUUUCUUUGAAACAGUGAGUUUGAAUCAUGCAAUCUGUGUUUUUUACUUCUCUGCCUUGUGUACAUUUCCCUUAACUUUUUGAACGUCUAGGAUUUGAUAUUAUCUUCUAGUUUGAUGUUUGAAUCUUGUUCAAUGGUGAUGGAUUUUUUCUCCCAUUUUCUUUAAGAAGACAAAAUGUAAAAUCAGAGAAUCUAGUGCUA